AUGUUUCAAUCUUUGAAGAUAUAUUUGAAGCCAAGUACAAGUCUAAGUCGAAGGUCUUUUUUCAAUUGCAAUGGUAAUUUACUAAAUACGAUACGACAACAAUCUACAAAACCUAAAGAUGUUAAAAUAUUAAAGUCAUCAAUGAAUCCAUGGCAAAGGAUGGAUAUGAUGAAACGAAUAUUAAACGAACAGAUGCAACAAUUACAAAACUCGCCGUUGUCAAGAUCGCCUACUUGGAAGUCUUACAACCAGUAUUACAAUAGAACUAGUUGGGAUAAAUUAAAGAAACCUUUAUUGUUCACCAUUGCAUUUUGUGUUGGUACAACAUUUGCAACUCCAUAUUUAAUUGAUUACACACCCUUAUCAAUCUUUAAAAAAUAUCCUCAAUCGAUAAUAUGGACCAUAAUUGGAUUAAACGGUAUAGUGUUUUUCAUGUGGAGAAUUCCUCAAUUACAAAGAUUUACAAUGCAGUAUGGAAUAUUAUUUAAAGAUAAUAUACAAUCUCCUUGGACUUUAUUAGGUUCUGCAUUUUCACAUCAAAGUUUUGCUCACUUUGCGAUAAAUAUGCUUUGUUUCCAAUCAUUUGCAGUUACUUUGGUUGCCGUAUUAGGAGUAUCUAAUUUCACAAUACUUUAUUUGAAUUCAGCUGUUAUAUCAUCAUUUGCAUCAAUUGCUAUUCCAAUGCUUUUAGGAAGUUCAUUGUCAGUUGCAUCAUUGGGUGCAUCAGGUGCAAUCUUUAGUGUAUUUGGUUGUUUUUCAUAUCUUUUUCCAGCAUCUCCGGUUGGACUUUUUUUCAUUCCUGUACCUGGUGGAGCUUGGGUAUUAUUUUUGGGGACCGUCAUUUGGAAUGCUGCAGGAACUGCUUUAAGAUGGGGAACAUUUGAUUAUGCUGCUCAUUUGGGAGGUUCCAUAGUCGGUAUUGCUUAUGGAUACUACUUCAACAGAAAGAGGAAAGAGCAAAUUAGGAAGAGAAGACUUAUUUUAGAUUUCUAA